GGGCGGGGCGAUGAGAUGAGGAGUGGCGGUGACCGGUUUCGCACAGGGACUCGCGGGGCUCUGGGAUAAGCAAGGAUGACAAUGACUCAUGCUGGAGCAGUAGUGGCUGCAGUUGCUGGAGUAGUAGCUUUCUUCCUUUACUCUUCUAUACAUAGGAUAGAAGAAGGGCAUCUUGGUGUUUAUUACAGAGGUGGUGCUUUAUUAAUCAGUCCAAGUAGCCCAGGGUACCACAUUAUGAUCCCGUUCAUCACUAGCUUCCGAUCUGUUCAGACAACAUUGCAGACUGAUGAGGUGAAAAAUGUACCUUGUGGAACAAGUGGUGGAGUCAUGAUCUAUUUCGACAGAAUAGAAGUGGUGAAUAUGCUUGCUCCAAGUGCAGGUCAGCACAUGGCUUUUUUGAAAGUGUAUGAUAUUGUUAAGAACUACACAGCAGAUUAUGACAAGGCGUUGAUUUUCAACAAAAUUCAUCAUGAAUUGAACCAGUUCUGCAGUGUCCAUACCUUGCAGGAGGUCUACAUUGAAUUGUUUGAUCAGAUAGAUGAAAACCUGAAGUUGGCUCUACAAAAAGACCUGAAUGUUAUGGCACCUGGGCUUACUGUACAGGCAGUGCGAGUUACAAAGCCUAAAAUACCAGAGGCGAUUCGAAGAAAUUUUGAACUUAUGGAAGGAGAGAAGACCAAGUUGCUUAUUUCGGCACAGAGGCAAAAGGUUGUAGAAAAAGAGGCUGAAACUGAAAGAAAGAGAGCUAUUAUUGAGGCAGAGAAAUUUGCUCAGGUAGCAUCGAUUCAGUUUCAGCAAAAGGUAAUGGAAAAGGAAACUGAGAAAAAGAUUUCAGAAAUUGAAGAUUUUGCAUUUCUAGCCAGACAAAAAGUGAAGGCGGAUGCUGAAUUUUACACUGCUCAGAAAGCUGCACUGGCAAAUAAGAUGAAACUAACUAAGGAGUAUUUGGAGCUCAUCAAAUACCAAGCCAUCGCAGCGAACAGCAAGGUCUAUUUUGGCAGUGAUAUCCCGGAUAUGUUUGUGGAUACCAGUGCUUUUCAGCACAAUGCUGGAAUGAGGACCAAUCAAGCUUCCAGUGAGGGUGAUGACUCCGUUGGAUUCACAUCUGAAGCAACACCAAAUAAGAAAUAAAAAAGGACUUCUCUGAGAGAGGACCUUAGUUUAAAGCAAAGAUGACACACUGCUUUGUUAAAUAAUGCAGAAUACUGAUUGCACAAUGUUGUUGGGUUGUGAUAAGAUGAACUUUGGUCAAGAACCAUGCACUAAAACAUUGGGUAAAGUAUUACACAUAGGGUGAGGGAUACCCAAUGGGUUUUAUACAAUAAUGAAUGCUAAAAUAGCAUCCAUGUGAAAUUUCUACGCAGUACUGACAUUUACUGUCUAUGUGUGCAUUUUCCCCAUAACAUUAAUACUACACAACAAAGCUGCUCUGUCUGAUGUAUCCUGUUGCUCCUGAAUGUCUGGACACAAAAUGGAUGUUUAGGUCUUUUUUGAAUUUACAAAGGCCGGCAGUAGGGAUUACUUUGUGUGCUUGUAGGGACAUCACAAUAUUAUGAUCUGUCGGGAUAUCAAACGCAUUAGAUAAAGCCGAAAGGAAGAAAUAAUUUGGACAGAUGUAAACGAGGCUUUAAAAUAAAAUAACUGGACAGACUAAUACCUUGAUAACGGGUCGAUAGAAAAAUGCUGUAAUAGGGUUACAACAUGAUAGCUAUUUUAGUAUUCCUGUUACCUAAACACUAUUUGAAACUGUGAGCUAACAUCUCUCCUGCUUCACCACCUGUUCGCUGAUACCGUAUAUCAUCCAUAAAACAUUUUUCCUGAAUUUUCAGUUGGAUUUGGGAACUCUGGAAAGGUGAUGUUCAUGGCGGUCUAUAAAAUUGGUCUGUAGCAUGAGCGAGUUAAACAUUGUCCAGAAAGCAUCCGUAUGUUGUUUUUGUAAUGCAAGUCGCGUCUUAUUGAAGGACCGUCACCUUUUUUUAGGCUCAGUGGGGGUAGCCUGUUCUGCAAUGUUCAGUUUCAAGCCAUCAUAUGCACCAGUGGGUUAACAUUUUGUGAUAUGUUUGCAGUGUUAAUUAGUCAUUUAAUAUGUUACAAAACCUCACCUCAAAGUAACCUCAAAUGAAGAACGGUGUACAAAAUGGCGCUGAAAAGUAUUGCCAUGUAUUUCUAAAUGGUGUUGGUGCCCUUUGAGCUCUUAAAAUGACUUAAUUAUUUAAACACUUAAAUAGUUGAAUUUGGUACAAUUGUAUGAACAGAGUUUGGGAUUAACCCUUAAAGUUGCCUGCAGGUGUCAUCCACAUUCCCAAUGGAUGUCAAAGCAUUAAUCUAUCAAUAAAUUUGAUUGAACUCUUCUACUAAAUAGGUUGAGAAAGUGAAUUGAAAACAAAUACAUGGAUGCAUUAACUCUACAUUCCACUGCAAAGACUCCUACUCCUGUUAAGAUAAUUUAGUAUAAGCAUAUACUAAUUUAUUUUUGAUACAGUUCUUAGAUGAAAACCUUUCACAUCAUGCUGUGUAGUUACUUUCCUCUUGUAGUGCUCUUUUAGCUUUUAUAUGCAAAAACAUUUGUAUUGAGCUGCCACUGGAUUUUUCCAUGUUUCUUAAGGUUUUGAUGUCAAUUGAACAACUGUUCUUUUGAAUAUGAAAUAUUUCUCAAAAGUAUAAAGCAGUGCCUGUCUCAAAUGAAUAUACAAUUUUAUAAAAAUUACAUACCACAAAAAUAAUUCUUUGUGUGGUUUUAGGUGUAGGGGGUUUAUUUUGCUUUUUUGACACAGGCCAUACAAUGCAGAUUAAUAUUUGCAGAUUAACUCUUUUUGAUUUGGGAAGCAAAUAAAAAGGUAUUUACACUUCCCAGGGUUCCAAUGUUGUGUAAUGUUGUUCUGAUUACUUUCAGGAAAGUCAAAGUUUAUUUUAAUGCUUCUAGGAAUUAAUGGAACUUGGUUGAGUUUAAGUUUACAACACCAUUUUUGAAAAAUCUGCCAAUUUCUGACUUAACACAAGAUCUAAGUGUUAAGUUCAUUUUGUAAGAUGCUUUUGUGGACUAUUGAGUUAAAUUCAUGCCCCCAAAUCAAAUGUUCUUGGAGAGAGGCUUUGAGAAAAGAAUUUAAGCCACUAAGAACAAUUUUGUAAUGUGAAAUUAGAGGCACGAAAUAUUCUUUUUCAACAUCUGUCACAAAAAUAAACUUAUUUUGAUACCA